CGCGCAGUAGACCAACUCAUUGAUCAAGUCAACCGUUUCAGUCGAUUUGUCCUUUAAAGAAAAAAAAAAGAAAGAAAGAAGGAAAUCCAGGACUGCACACUUUCCGAGUGUUUGAUUCUACGUAUACUUGUUACCCCACUUAUAGGAGGAGUUGUGUCCACCGCAGGUGAUCCUUUGCGCUCGAGCCGAGGCUGACAAUUACGCUUGGACAAUGAUUGCAAUACAUCGGGGAAUAUAUCAAUUGUUUUCUUUUCAGCCUUGAGAGAAAGUCCCGCAUCUAGAGAAAAGCUGUCCAUACUGCCGCUCUCCGCUUACUGAUGCCGCACGAGCUGUGACGUCCCCGAUACCCUCCUGCACGCGCUCUUGGGAGCGCAGCACCUUGGACCGGAUCCUCUGUUUGUUAGACCAAGUAUACCGCCGCUCUCGAGACGAAUUUUUUCUUUUUUCUUCUUCUUUUUAAACAUAACAAAGGUGUGCCGCACUGGUCCAGGAUCGGUCUUAAAUGUUCGGGAUCCCGGAGCAUUUGAAUUUGAUACGAGACGGUAGCGGAUUAAAAGAGAGAAGUCUCGGAGAGGACAUGGAUCCAGUCCGGUCGUGGGUGCGUAAUGUCGGGGUCGUGGAUGCCAACGUAGCAGCGCAAAGUGGAGUAGCUUUGUCUAGAGCCCACUUUGAGAAGCAGCCGCCCUCCAAUCUCCGCAAGUCCAACUUCUUCCACUUUGUCCUGGCCCUCUACGACAGACACGGCCAACCGGUGGAGGUGGAGAGGACUGCAUUCGUGGACUUUGUUGAACAUGACAAGGAGCAGACGGGAGAAAAGACCAACAACGGCACUCACUACAAGCUGCAGCUCCUCUACAGCAACGGGGUUCGUACAGAGCAGGAUCUUUAUGCACGACUUAUUGACUCUGUCACUAAACAGCCCAUAUCGUAUGAGGGACAGAACAAGAAUCCUGAAAUGUGCAGAGUCCUGCUCACACAUGAGGUUAUGUGCAGUCGCUGUUGUGAGAAGAAAAGUUGUGGAAAUCGCAACGAGACACCCUCAGACCCGGUCAUCAUCGACAGGUUUUUCUUGAAGUUUUUCCUGAAAUGCAACCAGAACUGUCUGAAGACAGCAGGGAACCCAAGGGACAUGAGGAGAUUUCAGGUGGUCUUGUCCAGUACUGUGAGUGUGGAUGGCCAUGUACUAGCGGUGUCUGACAACAUGUUUGUCCACAACAACUCAAAACAUGGCCGGAGAGCCCGCAGACUUGAACCAGGCGAGUCAGUGGAGAACGCUAUGGAGUAUGCCACCCCUUGUAUAAAAGCCAUCAGCCCCAGUGAAGGCUGGACCACCGGUGGGGCCAUGGUCAUUGUAAUUGGAGAGAACUUCUUUGACGGUCUGCAGGUGGUGUUGGCAGCAUGCUGGUGUGGGAGCGAGUUGAUCACGCCCCACGCCAUCCGUGUCCAGACACCUCCUCGUCACAUCCCCGGGGUCGUGGAGGUCACAUUGUCCUACAAAUCCAAGCAGUUCUGUAAAGGAGCACCCGGGCGCUUCAUCUACACAGCCCUGAAUGAGCCAACCAUAGACUACGGUUUCCAGCGUCUUCAAAAGGUCAUUCCUCGACAUCCAGGUGAUCCAGACAAACUAGCUAAGGAGAUGCUUUUGAAGAGAGCGGCUGAUCUUGUGGAGGCCCUGUAUGGAAACCCUCACAGUAAUCAGGACAUGCUGCUGAAGCGUGCAGCGGACAUUGCUGAGGCUCUCUACAGUGUUCCUCGUCCUCACAGUCAGCUGCAGGCGUUGCCCAGCUCACCAGCCCAUGGCAGCGUCAUGGGACUGGGCUCCUAUCCUUCCCAGCUAGGCGUCAGCAUUGGAGAACCAGGCCAGAGCAGCCAGGGAUACAUUCGUAACUCCAGCAGCCUGUCCCCGCGGGGUUACCCUUCCGCCUCCACCCCUCAACAGUCAGGCUAUGGGGGCAGUGGAGGAAUGACAGGAGGGUACGGGACAGUGCCCAUGACCAGCCUGGGAGUACCUGGGUCCCCUGGUUUCAGCAGCGCCUCCCCCACGGGCUCCCCUUAUGUAAUGCCGUCUAGCCCCACUAUACCAGGAGGCUCCAGCUCUUCGUCCUCUCUCUUGCCUUUCUCAUCCUUCCCCUCAGCUGCCAAACAGAAGAGUGCUUUUGCACCCGUCCUCAGGCCCCAGGGCUCCCCAUCCCCUGCUUGCCCUGCCUCAGGGGGGAACAGCUUCAGAGCAAUGGCGGGCCUGGUUGUUCCCCCGAUGUAGCAAAGCACCCACCCCAAUCUACCCCAGACCACCACCCCACUUAACCCCUCUCAUGGCACUAAGAGGGCAGGGAGCACGGAGCAUUGAUCUAGCCACCACACAUAUUUACCCUCCCCGAGCCCCUGCCACUUGUUAGUCCAUUUUUCAUCCAGCUGGAUGAAUAGCACGGGGUACGAAAUGUCCAAAGACCAGCCACCCACUCCAGAGACAGAGGAGAUUACUUCACCCACAACAGCUCCAAAGACAGCAACCGCUCCUUAGAUAACACUGCCGGAGCGGACCAUAGUGCUGGGUGCUUCAUGAGGCAUCUCUAAUUUUGAAAGGCAGAGGGAAACAGGUCAUAAUCUCCCCCACAAACUUCAAAAGCAUCCUUAUUACCUCUGGCCCACGUGCAGGAUUUGAUUUUUUUCACCACCUGCCCAAAAUCUCUGCCAGAGAUGUAUGGGAUUCAAUGUGAGAGCACUGAGCCUUGUUGGAGGAUGGACACUUGUGAUACUACACACUGGGUGCUGUUUGUCUCUGUAUGGACACCAUUAAAGGCAUGUGUGUACAUUGUCCGUCGGUUAGCGUGAGGUUUUUUUUUUGUAGUAGACUUUUUGAAGGCAAUUUACAUUCCAGAAUAAUAGACCCUUUAUUUUUUGUUCUGAUCUUUAAGGUUUUACAAGGGAAAACUCUUUGCCUCAAGGCUUAUUACUAAAGGAAUUCAUAUAUUGAUUUAUUUAAGAACAAGCAAUUUAACUUAUUAUUGUUAGUUUAGGGAAUAAUAUAAAUGUGUUUUAUAAAUGUGGUCUUUUUUUUUUGCAACUGUUGUCAACACAAGGUUUCCUCUGCAUUUCCAUUGUAAUUGCCAAAUUGAUGGAAAAUGGUGGAUUUUCACAGAGAGCAAAAUAAACCUUAACAUAUUUUAUUUGAGAUAAAACUUGGCCAAUAUGCAGUUUAUUGCAUAACAAAGGUGAUGUUAUGCUCAUAAUAAAAACAUGUGAAUGUUCUUGCUUUACAGGCACAAUUACUUAUUCUUCUUUUUAAUUUCAUGUUUAUGCAUGCUUUCUGACAGUGAUGCCCUGAUAAUGAUUCGUUCCACUUUGCAAACUUGACAAUAUACGACUCUGAGAAAAGCAAAAUAACUUUAUUGUUUCUAGUCACCAUGCAGUGCAGUUGAUGGACUUGGAAGCACAAAGAGAGGAAGAAAAAAAAGGGAAAAACAGGGACAUGAUGGGUCUUCAUUAACCUGCGCAAGUGUUCAUAUUUAUUGAACUGUGCUGACACGAUAUGGGCGUCAUACUCAGGAUGAGAAAGCAAAGAGCGUACGUACAGAGAAGACGACAGACAUCCUCUGCAAAGUUGUUUUUAGUGUUGGGUUGCCUUUAUUUAUUUAAAGAUAAUUAGCAGUUGUAAUAUUAUGUUUCUUAAGCCAUCUUCCUUUGAAACGAUACAAAAACUGUUGCAAAUGUGAUUUGUAUAUCUCAAGGUGUAAUUAUAUUUUGUGCUCCAAAUAAAAAAAAAACAUA